AUGGACACUCCACAAGCACAGGAGGAAGCAGGGUCCCGUCCAACGAAACGGAAGAGAGUCGCUUUGGCAUGUGACACGUGCCGGGAGCGAAAAAUCAAGUGCGAUGGAUUCAAGCCUGUCUGUAACCCCUGCAGGAAGAGAGGCGAACCGGCUGCGCGGUGCGUCUACACUGUCAUCGCUGGCACGGCGAAGCAGCUCAGCGAGCAAGAGUACAUCACGUCUCUGCAGAAACAAGUGCAGGACAUGCAACUGGUGAUCGACCAGCUUCGCCAAGAUGCACAAGCAGCACAGGUCACACCCAAGAGUCCCAGAGACAGAGAGAGACCCUCGGGCAGUAUCCAUGCGGCGGCGGUGGUCGCAGGCGGUCCAAGUCCCGUGAGCACAAUGGGCGCUACGACCCUCACCCUAAACCCUCAAGAGGAUGAAUUCUUCGGCCAAUCUUCGGUCCACUCGCUUCUCCGAGAGGUUCCUCAUGCCAACCGCCGUCACCGGUCAACGGCCCCACUUCGGAACCGGGACGAGAGCUCCGCGACCUCGUCGUCGUUGCUCACGGCCGAGUUUGCUUUACCCCCAAGACAGAUAGCAGACAAGUUUCUGAAUCUGUACUUUGAUAGCGUGCAUAUCUUUUAUCCGUGGACGCACUCAACCUGGUUCAGAAAACGUUACGAGGCGCUAUGGACGUCGACGGGCUAUUCGGGGGUCGAGACGGGCGAGGCAGGCGAUAUUGGCGUGGGAGGUGACCAGUGCCCUGAAGCUUCCUUCUUCUGCGUUCUGAAUACCAUGUUUGCUUUGGGCUGUGAGUUCUCAGAUCUGCCGGAGAAGGAGACGGUCUGUAUGACCUUGGGAAGACCGCCAGUCCUGCAAAUGACAGACGACGUCCUAGUACCCGCCGCAGUCGACGACGAAUUCAUCUGCCCAAGCACCACCUCCUGCAUGCAACCCGAAGGAAUAGUAUCACAAAACCUCUUCGUCGUAGAAAACAUACGGCUAGCCAAGAUCCUCGGCAAGAUCCUAUCAUCCAUCUACUGGCCAAGCUCAUCCUCCGAUUUUAGCGCCCUGGUUCGUCUAGAUGGUCUCCUCGAAGACUUCAAGACCUCUUUAGUCCCCCAUCUGAAAUGGUGGGACAACGAUAGGGUUCCAACACAAGGGGCGAGGGGGCAAAUCAUAAAACGCCAGAGAAAUGUCCUGCAGGCGAGGUUUCUUCAUCUCAGGAUUCUCUUGUACAGACCAAGCUUCAGCGCCUUCUGUGCUGCUGCGAGGCGCUCACGACAACGACGCGGUACGGGCUCUGGAACGGAUGAGGCGGCUGCCGAGGCAAAUACUCUGCAGGGCGCUUUUCAGGCUCAGUGCGCUACGACUUGUGUUCAGGUGGCGUACGAGCUAUCGGCGUCCCUGCUGGCUGCUAGAGAAGUCGAAGCGACGGGUGCAUGGUGGUUCAGUCUAUUCUACCUCAUGACGUGCGGUGGCAUAAUUAUUCUGGGCGAGUGCGCGCAGGCUGGAGGGAGUAAGCACUUUAACCAGCAGCAGCUCGACGCGACGUGGGAGAACACCACGGUGCUUCUGCGAGUCCUUGGUAGAGAGAAUGCCCGGGCGAGAGGGUAUCUAGAUCAUUUACUUGUUCUAAAAGAGCAAGCGCGGUCUGCAUACUUCUCAAUACGCAACUCGGUAGUCCCAUCCCGGGUGGCAUCUCGAAGACCAUCCGUCAGUCUCGAGGGACAACCUGGUGAGAACGAAGAUCAGGUAGUCCCUGUAACCACGGAUGGAAAGGACGAACAGGUCGAUUUCAUGGCAUCUUUGUUUCAGGAUAACUGGGACUGGAGUCUUGAUGGCGGUAUGCCAACGUAUGGUGGUCUUGGAUUUGGAGACGAGUUCAUAUUUCCUCCAUCUAGUUGGCCAGCUUAA